UUAAUUUUCAUCAAUAUACACAGCUCAUUGCUAAUGGAGAGUUUAUUACUACUUGUAGCAUAUCUCACAAAUUUCCGAUUAGUGAUUCAGCAUAAUGUUGAGAUCGAGGUUGUUGAAAUUCUAUUUCACAUGAUGAAACAAUACGGUCAAAAUUGGAGAGCCUAAUUCAGUUCAUAUUUGUGUCAUUUAAUUGCUAUUUUCUAUGCUUCAUUUUCUAUUUAUUUUUUAGUUCCUGUUUUAAAUACAUUAUUUCCUUGUUGUUUUGCUAUUUCUUGUAUAUCAGAUUGCAAAACGUUUGAAGCUUUCUUCAAGGUAUUCACUGAAUUAAGCAUCAAUAACAGGUAUAUUAUUUCUUUUCUAAUUUUUUUUUCAAUUUUUGUUCAUAAAUUGAACUUUUUUUAAAAAUUGGUUCUCUUUUGGGAUUUUUGUCCUGGUUUUUAGGCUCUCUGUAGCUGUAACAACCAGCAACGGAUCCUUAAUUGUUUGAUUGAUUCUUGAUGUUCAAUUUCUCUUUAUGUAUUAGAUUAGUUUCCGGUGAACUUUGUUGAUCGUUUUGUUUUGCCAUCUUACUGAAUCCUUUAAUAUUCGCCGUAGCUGGGAUUGAAUUGAGGAUGACGAAAUAAACUGGAAAGCAAAUAACUUAAGUCAUUCUGUUAACAAUGAAGGAUUGACAUUACUGAUUCGUCCAACAAAAUCAGCCUAAUUUCCCGACUCUCUCUCUGCAAUCCGACCUUUCUUUCUCCCCCACCACCACCAGCGCCUUCUCCGACGAUCACCACCACCACCACUGCCUCCCGGUUCUCCGACGACCACCACCACUAGCGCAUCUCGGCUCUCCGACGACCACCACCAGCAGCAGCGGCUCCCAAUUCUCCGACGACCACCACCACUUGCGCCUCCCGAUUCUCCAACCACCACCAUCGCAACCAGGCCUCCCGGCUCUCCGAAGACCACCACCACCAGCGCCUCCCGGCUCUCCGACGACCACCAGCAAAGCCGCUCUCUCUAUCGGGUUGUGUGGGCAGUAGUAAAGUAUACUUGCUUCAGGCAUGGCAAUUAAUCAGCCACCAUCUGGUUCACAGGGCUUUUUCUGAAAGACAGUGAUUUUUAUCAAUGCUGCGGUGAUAACCCGGUUGAAAAUCCAACCCGACCCGGGAUCCGUUCCGCACCAAAAACCCACCCACUUAUUGUAUAUCCGGGUCAGUGGGUUCGAAAGUCUAAACCCGUUUCUAGUAUUCGUAGAUCAUCUUGUUCAAAAUAACCACAGUAUAAAUUAGGAAGAAAAAGAAAAUAAAAGAGAAAAGGAGAUAAUGGUUUCCGAUACGUCUAACUCGAAUUCCGGCGACGGAGGGGCAGAUGCCGAUCUGCCGCGCACUUUCAAGUAUUUGUUAGUUCCUGUCAAGAGGAAUCCCAUUCAUAUUCAAUUCCUGGAUUGUCAGACACCUCUCCGAAGAAGAUUACGCGCUCUUUGCUGUACAGUUCCAUCUGUUUGUUACCUGUGUAUUGUUUCUAAGUCGAGAGGGGUUUCGACGAGCGUGCAUGAGGGCAGAUAUGAAAUGUGAUGGUGAUUCGGGAACAGGAGUAAAUGCAAAUGCAGCUAAGCUUUUGAAAGUGGGCUGGAUGACUUUUCCUUUAGGAAUACUAGUUACACUUGCAGCAUGUUUAUUUGUCUUCUGGUGGCAAGGCCUAAGUUAUUCUAGUCCAUAUGCACAAGCUAUCUUGAUUCAUGGUUUUGCAUGCGUACUUGAGCUACUGGCAGAACCGUUCUAUAUAUUAUCCCAGAACUUGGUUCUUCUCAGAUUGCGUUUGGUUGUUGAAACUGCAGCCACUCUUUUCCGCUGCAUAAUAACAUCUAUCCUCAUCCUGAAGCAACCAAGCCUGGAGAAAGCAAUUGUAUUUGCCCUGUCACAAGUUACAUACGGAGCAACUAUUUUCUUAGGUUACUGGGGCUACUUUGUUCUGUUUCGUGUGUAUGGAACUUCUGUUCUAUUUCCAUUCAGGGUCGGAAGUACAAUGGAUCAUAACAGACCGCUUCUGAACAUGUGUGUGAUUUUCACUCUUCAAUCAUUCCGGAAGUUGAUUCUUCAAGAAGGUGAAAAGAUGGUCCUUGUGUGGUUAGAUACACCAUAUAACCAAGCAGUUUAUGGUCUCGUAGAUAAACUAGGGAGCUUAGUGGUGAGGCUCGUUUUUCUUCCAUUUGAAGAAAGUUCCUAUGUUACAUUUGCAAGGUCUGCAUCAGGAGAUCACAAGGACAAAAAGAAGAUCCUGGGAAGGCGUCUGACAGAUGCGCUGAAGCUUGUUUUGCUAAUAGGUUUAGUGGUUAUCGCGUUUGGCCCAAGCUAUUCUUAUUCCCUCAUCAGAUUGCUGUAUGGUAGGAAAUGGAGUGAUGGAGAAGCUUCGAAAGCACUCCAGUGUUAUUGCCUUUACGUGAUAGUUUUGGCCAUGAAUGGUACAUCCGAGGCAUUUAUGCAUGCAGUUGCAACAGAGAAUCAACUCAAACGGUCGAAUGACUCGUUACUCGUCUUCUCGUUGAUUUACGUAGUCUUGAAUGUCUUACUUAUACGAUCAGCAGGCGCAAUUGGAUUAAUAUUAGCAAAUUCUUUGAACAUGUUCUUCAGGAUAGUCUAUUCAGCAAUUUUCAUCAGAAAAUAUUUCAAGGAUUCUUCGUCCUUUUCCUUUAGAGACUGCUUGCCGAAAGGAAGUGAAUUUCUACUUAUUUCAGGUGCAGCCAUCUUUAUUCUCGAGAGAACAUAUCUCGACCGAGAGAAUUUCUGGUCAACUUUUACGAUUCACCUCUCUUUUGGUUUGGCGUGUUUCAGUGUGGCGGCUGUUGUAAUCUAUAAGAAAGAGAAGCCUUUCAUCAGCAAAAUCAUACGUUUUCGUGAACAUGCUGAUUGAAAGCUCUGCUAACAGAUACAAGGUGAGUUAAGACGGGCAACAAUCAUAAAAAUCGUAUUAAUUUUGGUGUAACCUAUAUUUAUGAAAUUUUCAUUUUUGCUCGAGUAGAUUGUUACCGAUGAACUUGUGUAAGAAAAGGUCUGAUUUAGUUAACAUUUUCUCCAAAUCGGCACUUUGGAAGGAUCCUUUUGGUAUGAAGAAUGCACAAACCAUCGAUUUUGGAUGGACCGAAGUAUUGAAAAUGAAAUGAGCCCCUACGUUUAACUUCAUUCGGGUGAAUACGAAGGCCAAUAUAAUUUAAUUAUUUA